AUGGCUGCACCAGUUGACAUUUCCUCUCUCGAUAUCAAGGAGCAAAACACUACUUCUGAACAAAAGGUGACUCCUUGGGAAGUUGAAGGUGCUGUGGAUGAAAAUGGUCAGGCUCAAAGUAUUGACUACAACAAGCUUAUCGCAUCCUUUGGUACCAAAGCCAUUACACCAGAAACACUAACGAGAUUCACCGAAGUCACAGGUGAAGAGCCUCAUCCAUUUUUAAAGAGAGGUGUCUUCUUUUCUGAAAGAGACUUGCACCGCAUCUUGGAUUUGUAUGAGCAUGGCGAACCUUUCUUCUUGUACACUGGUAGAGGUCCUUCUUCGGAUUCGAUGCAUUUGGGCCACAUGGUUCCUUUUAUUUUUACCAAGUGGUUGCAAGACGUUUUUGACGUGCCUUUGGUGAUCGAGUUGACUGAUGAUGAGAAGUUUUUGUUCAAACAAAAAUUGACAAUCGAAAAUGUCAAGACAUUUGCAAAGGAGAACAGUAAAGACAUUAUUGCUGUUGGUUUUAAGCCAGAAAACACAUUCAUUUUUUCUGAUUUGGAGUUCAUGAACCCUGCUCUUUACGAAAAUGUGGUGAGAACUUCCAGACAGAUCACCACUUCAACUGCCAAGGCCGUUUUCGGAUUCCAGGACUCUGACUGUAUUGGAAAGAUUCAUUUUGCUAGUAUUCAGAUUGCAACGGCUUUUCCUUCGUCUUUCCCAGGUAUUUUGGACAUGCCUCCAAAAACCCCUUGCUUAAUUCCAUGUGCCAUUGAUCAAGACCCAUAUUUUAGAGUUUGCAGAGAUGUUGCUGAUAAAUUGAAAUUUUCCAAGCCUUCUUUGAUCCACGCAAAGUUUUUCCCAGCUUUACAAGGUGCAUCAACUAAGAUGUCUGCUUCUGAUACGACAACGUCUAUUUUCAUGGAUGACACUCCAAAGCAGAUUCAAAAGAAGAUUAAUAAAUACGCCUUCUCUGGAGGAAGAGCCACUUUGGAAGAGCACAGGGAAUUGGGCGGAAAUGUUGACGUCGACGUUGCAUACCAGUAUCUUUCCUUUUUCAGUUAUGAUGAUGAGAAGUUACAAAAAUUGGCUGACGGAUACAAGAGUGGAGACAUUUUGUCGUCUGAAAUGAAGAAAGAAUGCAUCGCCGUCGUACAAGAAUACGUUUCAGCUUAUCAAGAGAGAAGAAAGGCGGUUGAUGAAACCGUUGUUGACGCCUUCAUGAAGCCACACAAAUUAGUGUGGGGUCAAAAGGAGAGAAAAGUCCCUGCUAAGGAGAGAAAGAGCAAGAAGUAG